CGAACGGGGCUAUUCCCGCCAAAUCUCCUGUCAAAACAGGUGUUGUCACUCGAAAUAUUUCUUUUUAGAAAAAAUGAGUGCACUCCUCAUAAUCGCUUUAUGCGUCCUUAUUGUAUAUAAACUCGUAACGCGACGUUCUGUUACGUGGAGAAAAGUUACGAAAUAUGGAGAAAAUAAAGUCGCUGAAUUGAAAAUAGCCCCAGGCCCGAUACCUUUGCCUGUAAUUGGAAGUUUGCACUUACUCGGAAAAAAUGAAUCCCCUUUCCAAUCAUUUACUGAAUUAUCUGGUGUUUAUGGGGAUAUAUUUAGUAUAAAGUUAGGUUCAGCACAGUGUCUGGUUGUAAACAGCUUAGACAAGAUAAGGGAGGUUCUGAAUCAAAAUGGAAAAUUCUUCGGCGGUCGUCCCGACUUCUUGAGGUUCCACAAACUAUUCGCCGGCGACAGAAAUAAUUCUCUGGCCCUUUGUGAUUGGUCAAACCUGCAACUCAGACGUAGAAACUUGGCGCGACGUCACUGCGGCCCAAAACAGCACACGGAUAACUUUACGAGAAUCGGUUCCGUGGCGACCUUCGAAUCCACAGAACUCGUCCAGACCUUACGGAACAUUACUCGUUCGACAAUUGGAAGCAUCAACUUGAAACCCCUCCUAAUGACAACAGCUAUGAACAUGUUUACAAACUACAUGUGCAACAUUCGUUUCGACGCCGACAACGAUGCGGAAUUCAGGAAGAUAGUCAACCAUUUCGACGAGAUCUUCUGGGAAAUAAACCAAGGUUACGCUGUUGAUUUCCUGCCGUGGCUGGCGCCAUUUUACAAGAAACACAUGGAGAAAUUAACCAAUUGGUCAAACGAUAUUCGUUCUUUCAUCCUGUCCAGGAUUGUUGAACAGAGGGAGAUUAAUUUAGACAUGGAGGGACCUGAGAAAGACUUCCUCGAUGGUCUAUUAAGAGUGCUCCAUGACGAUCCAACUGUUGACAGAAACACAAUUAUAUUUAUGCUUGAAGAUUUCUUAGGUGGACAUUCGUCUGUCGGUAACUUGGUCAUGCUCUGUUUAGCUGCUGUCGCCAGGGAUCCGGAUGUUGGAAAGAAGAUUAAGGCAGAAAUCGAUGGAAUAACUAAAGGGAAACGAGCUGUAACGUUGGCUGAUAGGAGUCUAUUGCCGUACACAGAGGCAACAAUCUUAGAAUGUCUAAGAUACGCCUCAUCACCCAUCGUCCCUCAUGUGGCUACCGAGAACGCGAAUAUAUCAGGAUACGGCGUUGAGAAAGGAACCGUUGUCUUUAUAAACAAUUACGAAUUGAACACUUCAAGUAAAUACUGGGAUGAGCCGCAAAAAUUCGAUCCGUCUAGAUUCUUGGAACGCACCAAAAUACGCACGAGGAGGAACUCGCAAUGCGAUUCAGGUAUGGAAUCGGACAGCGAGAGAACGGGUCCGAUUAACAAAGCCACGGAAUCCGAAAAGGAAAUCGUCACUGUCAAGAAGAACAUCCCUCACUUCUUACCGUUCAGCAUUGGUAAGAGGACGUGUAUUGGUCAAACGUUGGUCACCACUAUGAGUUUCGUCAUGUUCGCCAACAUCGUCCAAGAGUUUGACGUCGCGGCUGUCAAUAAAGACGACCUGAGACAGAAGCCAGCUUGCGUUGCCUUACCAAAGGACACUUUUGAACUUUAUCUCUUGCCAAGAAAAUAUUGAACUCAUAUUAUUUUAGAUAGACCUCCUUAUUUAUUCUGUGACAAUUGAAUUUAGUAUUUCAAUUUUUUUUUUUUUUUUUCAAUUUUAUCUUAGUUUUAGUUGAAGUGUUUAUUUAUUUUGUAUGGUAAUUAAUUUAGUUUUUCGUUUAAAUUAAAUU